CAGAAACGUAAUGAUUUCAAAGGAUAAAAGGAAAAUAUAGUAUAGGAGUGUAAAAUUACUCAUUACGGAUAGCGUCUUAACUUUAUUGUAGAGAUAUGCCUCGACGACUGAAUAUUGAUGUCAAAGAUUGUCUUGGACAAUUCAUGGCCAACAAUGGCAUACGUUAUAGCAGACAAGCGGGGCAGCAGCUCAUGAUAAUGGUUUAAACGGAUCUACUUAUAAAUAUCAUUGCCAUUCCAUGGUCAUACUUCUAGCUUUGUCCCGCCGCGAAAAACCGCCAAGAAUUAAAGGCCUUCUUUGAUUUAUUUGGCCUGCAAGGAGGCUGUAGGAAUUGGAUCGCGGGACAGUGGAUUGAGUGAGCAGAGCGGUCGAGAUGCGGGGCAAAGGCCGGCAAGGUCUGCCAUUGGCUAAUUUGGAACUCAGCAGGGAUGUAUAUGGGUUUACUGUGCGUCCACAGCAUUUGCAGCGCUAUCGUGAGUAUGCAAGAAUUUACAAGGAGGAGGAAGAGGAGAGAUCAGAAAGAUGGCAGCACUUCCUUAAAACAUAUGUUGAUUCCACUGAAGUAUCAACCUUGGAUUUGCCAUCAAAUGAAAACUUGCAAACAUCAGUUGAUGGUUCCAAUCAGGAGGAACCUACAGCUACCACCAAAAAAGAGGAUAUUGAUAGUAGUCUGGACACGAGAUCUUCAGACAAGUUAUCUAAAGUAGAGAGUGCAAAACAGGACAAGGAAAACCAUAAAAUCCAAACUUGGUCAGAUAUAAGAUCAUCUUUGGAUGCUAUAGAGUGGAAUCUGAGUCUUCGUAUCAGGAAGAGGAGGCUCACACCAGGUAUUAACAAGCAUGCUAACAAUGAAGGCAGACUCCCUUCUACAGAGGAUUUGAGAUCAUUAAAAUCGGGAAGUCCUGCCUCAGAUGAUGAUUCUGAGGAAGAGUUCUAUGAUGUGGAGCGAUCAGAUGCAGUCCAGGAUGUAUCCUUAAUUGAGGGUACACUAACUGAUGCUGCUGCUGCAAAUGCAAUCAACUCUCAAGUUUUAAAUGCAGAGCCAUGUUCUUGGAAAGAAGAAUUAGAAAGCCUUGUUCGAGGAGGUGUACCUAUGGCUCUUAGAAAAGAGCUUUGGCAAGCUUUCGUGGGAACAAGGGUUCGCAGGAUAGAGAAUUAUUACAAUGAGUUACUUAUGCUGAGAAAAGAUGAUGAGGCUGGUAACAUGAAAGACAGUGAUCUUCAAAAAAAUUCUAUCACCAAUGGCAUUUCUGAAACAAGCAUUGUUGAGAAAUGGAAAAGUCAGAUUGAGAAGGAUUUGCCUCGAACAUUUCCAGGUCAUCCAGCAUUAGAUGAAGAUGGCCGAAAUGCUCUGAGAAGAUUGCUCACAGCAUAUGCACGCCAUAAUCCAUCUGUAGGAUAUUGUCAGGCCAUGAAUUUUUUUGCUGGGUUGCUAUUGCUGUUGAUGCCAGAAGAAAAUGCAUUUUGGACUUUGACAGGUAUUAUUGAUGAUUAUUUUGAAGGCUACUAUUCAGAGAAAAUGGUGGAAUCUCAGGUGGACCAACUUAUCUUUGAGGAGCUGGUUCGAGAAUGCUUUCCGAGAUUGGUUGCACACCUGGAUAAUUUGGGAGUACAAGUGGCGUGGGUAACCGGGCCAUGGUUCCUUUCAAUUUUUGUGAAUGUGCUACCUUGGGAAAGUGUUCUUCGAGUAUGGGAUGUCCUUUUGUAUGAAGGGAAUCGAACAAUGCUCUUUCGCACUGCCCUUGCACUUAUGGAGCUUUAUGGCCCUGCAUUAAUAACAACAAAAGAUGCAGGAGAUGCUGUUACCUUGUUGCAGUCUCUGGCAGGGUCAACAUUUGAUAGCAGCCAGCUUGUUUUAACUGCUUGCAUGGGGUACCAGGUAGUGGAUGAGACUAGGCUAAAAGAAUUGGGAGAAAAACAUCGUCCUACUGUGUUAGCUUCCAUUGAAGAACGAUUAAAAGAGCCUAAUAUGUGGAAAAUCUCUCGGGGCCUUGUAUCUAAAUUGUAUACUAAUAAAAAUGAAGACACAUGUCUAGGAGAGGGAGAACCUCAGGUUGAUUCAGAUGGGAACUUGAUAAAGAAUGGGAGCUCUGAGCAAAAGGAAUUCGAUAAUUUGAGUAAUGGUUUGGUGGAUGAUGACAAUUCAAAUUCUGUUGCAGAUCUCCAAGAACAGGUAAAGUGGCUGAAAAUUGAAUUAUGUCGGGCAUUGGAGGAGAAACGAUCUGCUACAUUAAGGGCAGAGGAGCUGGAGACGGCAUUGGUGGAAAUGGUCAAAGAGGACAACAGGCGUCUUCUUAGUGCAAAGCUAGAGCAACUGGAAUCUGAAAUGGAGAAUCUGAGGCAAGUUUUGAUGGAAAAGGAAGAGCAAGAGCAAGCUAUGCUUCAGGUGAUGAUGCGAGUAGAACAGGAGCAAAGGCUUACUGAGGAUGCACGUAGAUUUGCAGAACAGGAUGCAGCUGCACAACGGCAUGCUGCAAAUCUGCUUGAGGUAAAGUAUGAAGAUGCCAUGAAGAAACUUGCUAUGAUGGAAAAGAGGGCCAUUAUGGCAGAAAGCAUGUUGGAAGCUACGUUGCAAUCUCAACCUAGUCAGCCAACUCCAAGAAGAACAUCCGACUCUCCACAGUUAGAAGAACCGUCAAAAUUAUCCUUGUCACAAAAUGGAUUGCAGAGAGUUGCUGGGGCUGUUACUUCACCUGCAAUAAGUAAUCAAGAGAUUCCACAGGAACAGUCUAUAAAAAAACCAGGAUUGCUUUCUCGUCCAUUUGGGCUUGGAUGGCGUGAUAGAAACAAGGUAAAAUUGAACAACCUUGAUUCUCAGGCAUUGCCAUCUCCUAGAACCAAUAACCUUGACCAUCAGGCAUCUCUUUCUCCCAAGACCAGUAACCUUGAUCAUCAGGCAUUUCCGUCUCCCAUGACUGGUAGCAUAGAGUUGAAGCUCGAUUCACCGACAAGUAAGCGUGGAAACUCUGAGUUGGUCCAAGAAGACUUGAAUGGAUUCUCAGAAUCACAUGAUUCGGGAAGUAAGGAUGAAAUAAAUUUAUCGUGAGACCUCUGUAUGAGCAUUGUCUAAUUAGCGUUAUUUCAGGGCAAUUUCCCCUCUAGAAUGCACACCUAUUACAUAUUAUGUAUAGAGAAAAACUGUUGCUAGACGAAGUAUGUGCAUUGUGCUAAAUUCCCCUUCAGCUUUGCAGUUGGUUCCUGAUACUUCUACUGACUGAGGAGCCUUAUAGCAGAAGAUUUUCUCUUCAGUCACUGAGAACACGCCUUUGGAGUUCACAGCAAACAGAGCCAUCCACACUAGCUAUGGACCAUUUAGUUUCAAACUCAAAACUAUUUCAUUGUAUAUCAUCUAUGUUAGAUGGGGAAAUUCGUUUCUAUGUUGCCAUUCAUAGAAGUCAUUUGUAGCUUUUCUUGAUAUUGAAAUCUUGUUAAUGCAAACUCCACUAUUUGACCACUCUAUAGGUUACCCUAAUCUGGCUCUACUCUAGAGAAAGGGAUUUAAUAAUAACAAAAUGAUGUAAAUCAUGUCUCUAUAUAAUAAUUGUAAUAGGUCUCAAGAAUGGAUUCUAUUGCUGUGGGAGGUGGUGUAUUGAAACAAAAAUAAGUGUAUUCUAUAGUGUCGGGCAUUGGCCUUGAUUUUGUUCUUUAUAUAUUUAUUUCCUCAUCGGACUGUUUCUUGGAA